AUGUCGAAAACGACGGACUCGAAGGAGAGCGACACCAUGUCCAUCACAGCCUUCAAUGGGCCUUUCCCAACGGACUGGGAGCCGCCCGAGAGGUGCACGGCCCUCACUCAGCGCGGCAUCGUGGGACUUGACUUCGCGCCGUCGUGCCUCCCGGAGUCGUUCAUCGCGUCUCCGGGCGUCGUCUACUCUCCGGGAACGGGUUGCCCAUCAGGAUACACCGCGCCCGCGCCGUGCACAAAGUGGACCGACGCCAUCACCACAACGAUUACCUGCUGCCCGGUGCGCGGGGACCUGACGCUGUCGUGCGUCCCCAACGACCGGGCGCUCUCGCUGGCGUGGAAGGACAAGUUUUGCACGUGGAGCGCGGGCGACAAGAAGACGGUGCUUCUGGUCACAACGGAGCGCAGCGGCACGACAUCGACGCGCGCUGUUACCAUGACGGGCAAGGCGGGCGUCAACGCGUACGGCCUGCGUAUGGUGUACCAGGAGAGCGACCUGCCCAAGUCGACCACCGCCGGCGAGACGUCGGCCACACGGACUGGGGAGACGGGCGCCGCAACAGAGACAGGAGGCGACGAUUCCGCGGGCAGCGGCGGCGGUCUUUCGACAGGAGCCAAGGCCGCUAUUGGGGUGGUCAUCCCGCUCGUCGCCAUUGCAAUACUAGUCGGGGCCUUCUUCUUCAUUCGCCGACGGCGGCGCGCGCGCGACGGACCCAACGAGCUGCCCGCCUACGGAGCCGGCAACGAAGGCGCCGGGGCCGACAGCAAGACGCUCGCGAGCGCGCACAGCCCCGCGCCUCCGCUGGCUACGGGAGGCGGAUACGCGGCGGUGCCGCAGGAGCUCCAAGGAACGGAUCAGGUGGUUGAGCUGCCCGGCGACGUCAGUCAUUUGUCGCCGCCGCCGCAGCAGUCGUCGCUGAGCCCGAGCCCGCCGCCACAGACCAGCGUGUCAGGGCUUUCGUCGCCGGCGAGCGCGCAUGCAUCGACGGCGUCGCCUGAGGUACAGUACCAGCCCUACCGGCCGCCUGGGAGCGGGGCAUCAUCGCCGCAGCCGGGGCAGCACGCGGUGCCGCAUUCAUGA